CACAGCAAUGGGUAAAAUUAAUAAGAAAGGAGUCAAAGGAGCUGCCGCCAACUUCAUCACCAGACAGAGAGCCCUGAACAAGCUCCAGAUCUCUCUUGCUGACUUUAGACGUCUAUGCAUUCUCAAGGGAAUCUACCCUCGUGAUCCCAAGAACAAGAAGAAGGCCAACAAGGGAUCUACUGCUCCUGCUACUUUCUACUACAUUAAAGACAUCCAAUACCUCCUCCAUGAACCCCUCUUGCAGAAGUUCCGUGACUACAAGGCAUUCGCCAAGAAGCUCAACCGUGUCCUUCACAAGGGCGAAUACAGCACAGCAAAGUCCCUCGAAGAGAACACCAAGCCUGUCUACAACUUGGAUCAUAUCGUUAAGGAGAGAUAUCCUUCUUUUAUCGAUGCUCUCCGUGAUCUUGAUGACGCUCUCUCGAUGCUUUUCUUGUUCUCCAAGAUGCCCGCAGAUAAUAAGAUUAAGGCAAAGGCUGUUGCUGACUGCCAGAAGUUGAUCGCUGAGUUCCAGGCUUAUGUAAUGAAGGCAAAGUGCCUUCGUAAGGUCUUUUUCUCUAUCAAGGGUAUCUACUACCAAGCCGAGAUUAAGGGCCAGACCAUUACCUGGAUUGUUCCCUACCAAUUUUCCCAAGCUGUCCCUACCGAUGUUGAUUUCCGUGUUAUGUUGACCUUUUUGGAAUUCUACACCACCUUGACCGGUUUUGUCAACUACCGUCUUUACAACGAACUCAACAUCGCAUAUCCUCCAAACCUUUCUGAGAUGGCUGGUUUUGAUGCCGGAGAUGCUAUGCUCACCAAGACAGAAGCUACCGCUGAAGAUGCUGUUGCUGCCCUGGAUGAGUUCAAGUCAGCCGGUGGAGAGGAGGAUAAGGAUACUGUCACAUUGCGCCAGAUCCAGGACGCCUCAAAUGAGGUAUCCAACCUCCAACAAUUGUUUGCCAACUGUGUAUUUUUCAUUUCUCGUGAAACCCCUCGUUAUGCUCUUGAAUUCAUGAUCCGCUCAUGCGGUGGACAAGUCAGUUGGGAUCCUUCUGUUGGAGAAAACCCUCCUUUCGCCGAGAACGACGAGCGCAUUACUCACCAGAUCAGCGAUCGUCCUACUGUCAGCAACCGCGUAUUAGGCCGUGCCUACGUACAACCCCAGUGGAUUGCAGACUGCAUCAACGCACGCAGAAUUCUUCGUUCAAAGACAUAUGAGCCCGGACAGGUUCUCCCUCCUCAUUUGAGUCCAUUCGUUGAGGCCAAGGAGGGUGAUUAUGUACCUGGAAGUGCCAUUGAUAGUGAUGCAGAAGAAGAAGAGGAAGAAGAGGUUGUCGCCGAGGACAAGGAGGACGACAAGGAAGAUGUAUAUGAGAGUGAACUUAAGGCAGAAGCAGCUGGUGUCACAUUCUCUGAAUCUACAAACGCAGAAACCAAGCCCACAGCAUCAAAGAAAUCAACUAAGAAGCGGUCAGCGGCAGAGGUUGAAGAGGAAGAGCAGAAGGAGAUGGCCACAGUAAUGAUGACCAACAAGCAGAGAAAGCUCUACCAGAAGAUGCAGCACGGCAAGCAGAAGAAGGUUGCCGAGGUCGAGAAAUUGCAGCGCAAGAAGGCUGCCCUUAAGCCUAAGAAGAAAUAGAUGUCUUUCGCUUAUAAUUUUGUAUUUCAUUGUUUCUUUUUUAAAAAAAAAUAUCAUUUUAUCCUC